GUGUUUUUUACAACCCUACCCUUACCUCCUCGCCUCAAAUCAAGUACCGGUGAAUGUACUUAAUUAACGCGUUCACUUUGACAAGUGGCCUACUGUUUGUUCGUACUGUGCAAUUUCAGAUGAAACACCCUGUAACAUACACUGCAAAUCUGACGUUGACAGUUUGAGGUUAAUUUUAACCUGUGAUUUUAACCUUAAAAUUUUGAAAGUGAAACUGAUGAAAGGUUUUUGUGAAUUUGUGCAUAAUGGAUACGAUCUGCUCCAGAGUAGCUUUUAAGAAUCCAAACAAAGAACCCUUAAAUGGGGUUUACUUAGAAUUUAGGGAUAAGACCAGGAUAUCGAAAAAGGGGGAGACUUUAGAAAAUCUUAUUGAAAUGCUUACCCAAUCGCCAGCAAUCCCUACCUUCCAGGAACGUUACAAAGAUGAAGUUCUUAGGAAACCGGCUCUUGAUGAGUGUUGGAUCGAGAAGAAGAGCUAUCAGAAGUUUGUACCGUAUUUGCUGCACUCGAACGAGAGUGGCAACAGGAACUUUCAGCGCAAUGAGUCAUUCCUACGGCAGCUGCAGUUUUUAGUAGAUUGCAGCUAUCGUCAGUUUUGGUGCUACGUUGUCUACGAUCCGAAUGUUAUAUCAAUGAUAAAGGAUUUUUUGCAAAACUCGGUUCCCUUGCGUAUCAUUACUCACUUAAAUAAGAACCACUUCGACCUGUACAAUCAAAUACACUGUUGCGUUAUGGCCAUUUUCCGUAGACUUCUGGAUUUUAAUGUGUCGGAGGUUGAGUAUUUGGAAGAGGACACUGUUCGUGACAUUUUCCAAAAAACAGAGUUGUUCGAUAUUGGAACCGUGUUCACGCUGUGUUACCUUUACAACUUCUCCGAGCCUGAUCUUAUGAAACAAAUUAUCGAUUUUUGCCGUUCUUCAAAAAACCGCAGUUUUGUUAAACACAUUGACGGGCUUCUCUCGAAAGUGGGAAUGGAGCUCGAACAUUUUCUACAUGCAUCAAGACUAGGCCCUAAAGUGAUGGAGGACACCGCGUUCUUUCUAUACGAAAUGGCAUCUGGAUUAAACGAAUUUUUGUCGGCUUGCGAUGACGCCAUUGUUGUUGCGUUUGGUAUGGAUUUGCCGUUCGGUAUAAUGUGUGUUUAUCAGAAGGUGUAUUCGGAAAUUGAGGACGUUUUGGAAAUGAAGAAAGACUGGGUAAAGCAGCCCGAUUUGUUGAAACAAUGGGUCGCUUAUGGAAAGUUUGAAUUUGUAAAUACUGUACACAUUUUUACGACUCAUUGCAUUGACGCAAUAGUUAGCUACAGAACCAACAGUGCUAAACAAGACAACGCUGUCGAGCUGUACAUCAGUUUAAUAUCAAACGCUUUAGACAACGAACUAUUCGUAAUAUCCUACAACGAAACAUACCCAGUACGCGAUCAGUUCCAAAUACUCGUGGAUUCCGUAGCCAACUUUGACUCGCAGCAGACGAACUAUCUCCUCGCAAGCCUCGAUUCUAUUAUAAAGGAAUUUAAUUCCGCGACGGAAGAGGUCGCGCCGCCCACUACGCCAUGCGCUUCGCACGAUAACGGGCGAAAUUACGUGGAGGAGUGUCGACAAAUGUGCGCCACGCUAUCGCAAUUUUUGGAGCGAUCCCAAAACAAAAAGAACGCGAAUCUUCCGCGAUCGAUUUCGUUGGUGUUGGAGCAGUACUACGAUCUGGUUAAGCAUUUGGGCGUUACCGACGGUGAAGGGGGCGGCAAUGCGUCGGAUGAGCAUAACGUGCGGGCGGUUCUUGACGUGCUACCCCACUUAAGUGGCGCUUUCGUCGAGAAAUGCUUGGAAAGGUACAACAGUAAUCCGAAUGAGGUGAUCGCCCACGUUUUAAACGGCGACUUACCUAGCGAUCUGGCCGAUGUUUCUUUGUUUAGUCAACCUAGUACGAGCGAGUUUGCAGCGCAGCGUCCGAUUGGAAAGAAAUGGAAUGAUUUAAACGUGAACAGCAUGCUAGAUGACAAAAAAGAAAAGGAGAAGAUUAAGGAGUUUAUCCUUAAGGCGCAGUAUACUUUUGAUCUCGACGACGAGUAUGACGAUCGAGUCGAGGUAGGACGCUCGCUAAACGAUUCGGACAACGAAUCGAGAAUUAUGCGACAUUUAGGCAAAGAAGAGGAUGAGUCUGAAGAGUCACAAUCCGAAGAAGAAAAGCGAAAUACUUCAAAAGAUUUCUGUGUCGAUCCCGCCUUGCUCAGAGAGAAAAGGGCCCAACAAUACCAACACCAUCAAAGUAGUAGGACGUUUAGACCGAGUAAAAAUGGAAAUCAGAGCCACGAGAAACCUCCCAGUAAAAGUACAAAACCGAAACAUAAUAGGAGACAAGGCGCGACGUGGAAACGGAAUAAGGGAAUGAUUCCUUCUUAAACUGUUUUAUGUGAUUUUUAUAAAUAAAUUUUGUUUGUAUUUGCA